AAGAAAUUGAAAAUAUCCACUGCGGUUAGCCAACUUUGUACACAAUACAAUAAUGUACCACAUGACAUUCAAGUAAAACAUUUAAUUAUAAAAUAUGUUUAUUAAAUAACAAAAUAAUACACAACUGGGGCAUACAAAUAAGCACAAUCUAUAUCAUAACACAUUAAAUCACCAAAAAUAACAUUUUAAAGAAUCAAUAACAGCCGACUGGUAAGCGUGGCCGAAGCUUGCUUUAGUUGUCUGGGCGCCGUAGCGCGGAGCGGACGCCUCUACGACACGACGCGCUACGACGUAGCACGUGCUACGAUACCGAUGAAAAAGUGCUUCGGGACAAAAAUGUGAUACAAAAAGUACAUUCGUGGUAAAAAAAAAUCUUAUUUCGUAUGAAGUGUUGUGACUUGAAUUGUGCUAAAAUGGAGUGGACUUUGAUGCUGUUGGUUUGUCUUUUCUACACGGCUGCCGGUAACCCUGCAAAAAUGGAUUCAAAACGGGACCAUUGUAACAAGACGGUGGAGAUAUACGAAGACGUGUCGUCCCCUCCGGUGACCUCGGAGAACUUCGGCAGACCCCUCACUUGCACAUAUAGGUUUAGAGCUUUCAGAGGAUCGCCGAAGGAUUGGAUUCUUAGGAUCAGGUUCAAAAAGUUCAAAGUUGGAACCUUGAUCAAUGGCACGACGUGUCACAAAGGAUACAUGCAGAUAGUCGACGGCAACGCGAAGACCGAUGUCUCGAACAGGAAGGAGCCAGGACUCUUCUGCGGCGAGAUAGAACAACCGCAGACUUUCAUAUCGGAGACCAACUUCGUGAAGAUAGUAUUCCACGCCGACAACUUCACUGAUCAAACUUACUUCAGUUUCGAUUCCAGAGCUGAGCAACAAUUUGAAGUGUAUCUACGGUACGGGCAGCAUCCGGAACUAUAUCCAAAUAGAAGAGGGGAAGUUGUUGCUGGGUCGUAUUGCGAGCGAGUGUUCCGGGAUUGUCGGCUGCAAACCUGUUACGUGCAGUCUGCUGCCUAUCCUGGAGUGUAUCCAAGAAAUCUACACUGCAGAUACCACUUGAACACACGACUGCCGUACAUAAAGCUUUACAUAGAGAACGAGGAGUUUAAUAUCGACGGUCAACGAUGCGAGAACAUCAUGACGUGUCCCAUGAGGCCCAUUACUUCUGGUUCUGAAAACUGUCCAUACGACUAUAUAAGAAUUUAUGAUGGCAAGGACGAAUCGGCUUCAGUCAUCGGUACCUUUUGCGGCAUGGGCAAGUUUCCAUACUCCAUCAUUGGAACCUCUCAGGAUCUCUUUGUAGAAUUCGUCAGCUCACCAGCAGGUCCUCUUCUGAACACUGGUUUCCAUUUCAAUGUGGGUAACUGGCCUGGUCACGUGGAGGCUCCAGGUUCGAAGGUUGGUACGUGCGACUGGCUGCUCACCGCUGAAACCUUGAAGAAGUCAGGUGAUACUGAAGGCAUCUUCCUCUCGGUUGCACAUUGGUACCCACCUCAUACGUCCUGCACAUAUCUAAUGCAGGGUUUCCCUGGGCAGGUCGUGAGGCUGUAUUUUCCAAGCUUCCGAAUCAACCGCAUAGAGUCUCCUAUCCAACCCUGGACUGGCGACUGUGGGGAGUCCCUCACCCUCUAUGACGCUCCAAGACCGGAUGACGCUCGCAUCAUCAAGACCUUCUGCGACACUUUCAGCAGACCCAUGGAGAAACAUGACUUCGUAUCCACGGGCAACGCCAUGUUUGUAAGAUUCGAAAGCAAAACUGGCAGUUAUAGUGGUUCUUCACUCUACUACUGGGCCCACUACGACUUCUUCAACAACACGCGGUUCGGAGAACCAGUUCCCGGUACUGCUUGUGAUGAGAUCAUAGCAUCUUGGAAGCAGAGGGCAGGAAGGCUGAGGUCACCCCUCAACACUCUCGUCUAUAAGCAAGCGUCACCUGGUGAAGAUGUACACUGUCUCUACAGAUUUGUGACAGAUAAACGGAUAUAUGCAAGAGUCAUUCUUACAAUCUUGAGUGUUAACUUUAAGGAACACCCCUAUACUUCAGUAACCUGUCAAAACUGCUACGAAGAUCGAGCUGAUAAGCUGAUCAUUUGGGAGCCCAACCCAGGUGGUAAAUCACCCAACAUGACAGCGCCAGGAGUCAGUACCACACCUCUACCACUCCAUCUAGCCGUGCAAAGAUCGCUUGGCUCCUGUCUUUGUGCAAAACAUUCUAAUGCCGUUAGCAGGGCGAGACCAUAUAGGGUAGUGUCUUCGGGAGAGAGUUUAAAUCUUCAGCUAAUUGUAGACAACGCUCACGCUGCAGCGUCUUAUUUCAAGAACCCUUCUCCAUUAUUUGAAGCUCGCUAUGAAUUUGUCCACGGUCCUCUAUGUGGGCCCGCAGUUCUAGCCGCUGCUUCAGAUGGUGAAAUUGUCUACCCGCACUUAGAAGCACUCGGCUACAUGGAACCACCAAAGAGGAUUCAAUGCAUAUGGGAUCUUGAGAUCGAGGAAAAGAGAGACAUCUGGUUACACUUCGAAAGUAUUAAAUUUGCGUCACGUCACUGCGAGGAUGGUAACAUUCAGAUCUAUUUACCAGGACGACUAGACCCAUACCUGUCUGUAUGUGGAGAUAAUGUCACCGAAACAGAAAAGCUGCCAAUUUUAUCCGCUGGUGAACUUGGGUUUGAAUCUUUAGAUGACCCAUUAGUCAUUGAAAAAGAAAAGACUAGAUCGAUCCGGAUAGUAUUUAUUGGAAGCGCAUCUCCAGCAAGAGCUGCCUUCAAAAUAGCUUGGACUGGGUUAUACCACUUACCUAAAAACUCAGACGGAACCUUGAUGACUUCACGUCUAACUGAUGGUGAAAUGAGAUCCACUGAUUCUGGACAAGGUUGUGACUUUAUUUGUCCAGGAGAAGCUCUAUGUAUUCCGGCAAGAUUGAUUUGUAAUGGUGUCGUUAAUUGUCCUAACGUUACUUCCGGUGAACGUAAAUUUUGGACCUCGGAAGAAAAGAGUGCUAGAGAAGCGUAUUCUGAGGAUAGCUUGAGACGCUUGGGCUAUUUAGAUUUAUUAGGAGGUCUUCCGUUGGGUCAGUUGCACGAUGAGGCUCCUGAGCUGUGUGCGCGGGCGAGGAGUGUGGGAGGGGGGGAGUGGACAGCACCAGCUCUGGGUGCUGGGUUAGCGAUUGCUAUCGGUGUGUGUGCUCUCGGUGCCGCCUGGCGCCUCUGCUGCCGCAAACGAUCUCCGGAUGAGGAGUCCCUGGAUUACUGACACGCGGCCCGCGGUGCGCCUCACGCACCGCCCUCGCUACACUCGCGAUCUACCUCCCGGGACCUUCCCAUGGACUGGAGCCUCCAUUGACAGACGCUAUAUUGAGCGCCGUCAGAGCCCUCCUUUGUUGACUACUGAGAACCAAGUUCUUUACCUGUUAUUGUUACGCGGUAUGGUGAAAAUCAUGACAGCUGAAAUUCGUAAUUCUGUCAAUUUUACGAUGAAUAUUUGCUACAAAUUCAGUGUAAUGGCAGUAUCAAGCAGUUCGCAUUGCGUGCUCGCGGAAAUAUUGUAGUGAUGUACAAAGUUUACGGUUGACGUUGAUCAGUUUAAUUUGUUGAAAAACGGCAUUGAAUAUUUUCCUUGCCGCUGCUCGAAACUGUCAUUAUAUUUCUACUUUACUUAAGUACAGUACUUUUUAGUGUACUUUAUUGAAGUCACCCUGUAUUUAACUCGUUUCAUUUAGGAGGGUAGAUUCCCCGGCGCUCAAAUUGACGACAUUGUUUUGUAAUUACUGUAUAUACCCUUAUACCUAAAUUUAAACCUAACAUUAACUGAUGCUUCAAAUGAACGAUCAUAGGUUAGGGCAAGGUGAUAGUAGCCAAACAGUUAAGUGAUUAUCAACUUAGGUAGUUAUAGUCGUAAUGUUUUUAUAACAAGAAAUAAGUACGAACACUCACGGAAAUACAGUAUUAGUUAAUUUUUAAUUCAUUUUGAAACAUCAUGUUGACACUUAUCUUGUAUAAUUAUGCUUGUGAAAUGAUCGCCAAGUUCAACUUGUAAAUAGAAACAUUUUCGAAAUACAAAAAUUGGCUUUUACUAAAAGCGUGUUCCAUAAGACGCAAUAAUAUUCUUGGCAGUGUUAAGCCAGGUUUAUUUUAUUGAAUUUUCCCGUGGUAUCGAACUUGGCGUAAUUUUACGUGCGUUCUAGCUUCAAAGCGAUUCGACUGAAUGCGAGCAUCAUGUAUCUACUCGUUAUAAUGUAAAUAAAUUCGAUUAGAUUAAGAACGUUAUUAGUCAUUUAACAGCAGACACCAUUGAUUUUUUGCUAACGAAUAAAGCAACUUAAUCACUUUAUUUAAAGUUUAUCAUCAUAAUUAUAUCUGGUUCUAUAAAAAAGAAAAUUAUAUAAAGUAGAAAAUUCCAAGAUGGGAAUUCAAAAUUAAUUUCUAAUUCUAUUUUUUCAUUGAUGUAUA